AUGCCAACCAACAAAUCCAUCAGUAUUUUGGACAGUGAUGACCUUAAUGAUGGUCAUGACCACACGAAUAACAUCAAUUCAAUGAAUAACAACAAGAAAAGAAAAGAAUCAACUCCGAGCGAAAUAACAGAAAAAGCGAACCACGAAUCACUCGAAGAUGAUGAUGAGGCUUUUUGCAAACCCAAUCCACAGCAACAACCAUCAUCAUCCUCAUUCAUGAACAAUGACGACGAACCGAUGAUGAUUGAUGCCAAAAAAGAAAACAAUCCUCUCAUCGUCGUCGUCAAUGAUGAUGAACAUGAUAUGAUGCACCACCACAAGAGGAUGACGAUCAUGACUGAAGGAAAGAAGAGAAAAACAACUCUGAACCAGACAUGGAGCGUUCCAAAAGAGGAACUCCCUCAUGAGGACGAUGAAAAACAAGAGGAACAAAUGUGUAGCACCAUGAUGACUACAGAACCAUUUUCAUCGACUCAGAGCAACAACAACCACAGUGGUGGUAUCAAUAAUGGAAUGAUGAUGAGUAGUAAUAAUCUUUCAUCCUCUCUUCCUUUCUAUUUAAUGGAUGAUCUCUUGUAUCACAUCUUUUCUUAUUGUCUUUUACCUAUUGUUCAAUUUCGAUAUUCUCUCGUAUGCAAACGUUGGUAUCAAUUGACCAAUUCGGAACAAUUUCACAAAAAUUAUCAUCAUUAUGUGACUGAACAUGGACAUUUAAAACAAUUAUUGGAUCCACGUUCUGCAAAUGAUUGUCUUUUAAACUCUCGUUUGAGGAAUGAAAGGAUGAUGAAAACAUUUUUAUUUGAUUGGACCGAAUUUGUGAGUCACACACAUCCGAGAGAAUACGAAGCAUUGUAUCGAUUGAAAAAGAGUUUACAUGUGGAAGAUUGGUCACUUCUCAAUGAUGAACAAUUUAAAGAAAAGUUGAAUUCUUUACUUUCUGGAAGAAUGACCAUGAAAUUCAAUAGUCAUUCCUUGGAAUCGAUUCAACCAAUGUUAAGAAAUUGUAAAUUAGUGACUCUGGAUAAUGGAUUGAAUCAAAGUGUUUCGUUUUUUUGUGAGAGAACUUCGCAUUCCAAUGAGAUGUUUUAUGGAUUUGUGAAUGAAAAGUCAGAGUUGGUGAGCUUUCAACAAUGCAAUGAUUCAUCCAUUAUCGAUCUUUCACACAUCCACAACUCCUCACAAAAAAUUCACGGCUUUUUAUGGUGUUCCAUUAUGUAUUCUUUUUACGACCGUGGAUGGGGAGAUACCCAUGAAAUUACCAGCAAAGAAGGAGACGAAUGGUUUAUUUCACAAUUCAAAGGUCAUUACAAUAUUCUUCCAAAACCAAUACUUCUCUCUCUAUUGGAUUUUAUUGCAGCAUUUCCAAACGAACGAGAAGAUGUGAAUUCAUUCAUAUACGGUCUUAAACCUCAUCAACACGAUACGCUCCAAUAUUUUCCACAUUUCAAAGACACUUUGUUCAAUCAUGCCAUUCAAGAGGCAGCCACACAGCCACUAUUAGAAACAGCAACAAGAAUUGAGAAAUAUUUGAAAUCUGACAUGUCCACAUUGUUUGAACGAUCCAUUCUGUUCCCUUAUAAGAGAUCUACAAUGAAAAAUUUAUGGUAUCGAUUCAUGACUUGUGGUUAUCGAUUGAACGAAACUUCUUCUUCUCUUGAAUUUACAUUCUUUGUGUUUUCAUUUGGUGUUGAUCAAUUGGAAUUCUUUAUCGAUUACUGCCUCUAUUUGAACAAACGAUCAUUUUGUGAGGAAUGUCUUCUGGAUAACAUUUACAAAUGUAUGAAGAGUGGUCUCAAUUAUUGUCAAAUUAUUUACAAGAAGGGUUUUCAACACGUCUUUCCACGUGAAGUAUGUCGCUUGGAAAUUUUUAAAUGUGAUGAAGGAAACAAACACUUCCAAGCACUCAACUAUGCCUUAAUCGAUUUCUUUAAGGAAAUUAUGAAAGAUGAUUUUUUUUGUCCAUUUGAUGUGAGAACGAAUUGCAAAUUUUAUAAUGUUUCAUUGCCAUCAUCAGCAUUGGAAAAUUCGUCAUCAUUAUCACAGAGUGCAGAAUCGAUGAAUGGAAAACCACCACGAGUGCUAGUUUUACAUCAAAACAAAAAUUCAAUGAGAAAUUUUUCACACUUCUUCAAGACCAAUCCUUACAAUGUGCAUUUAGAGAAUUCCAUAAUUGAACAAGAAUUUCUUCCAAAAAGAUUGAUCAAACUGAAGAGAAAAUGGGAAUAUUUGAAAAGAUUUUCAAAGUAUGACGUGGUAGUAUUUUGUCUUGGAGAUUAUUAUUCAGAAAAUAAGCUAAUUUAUUGUAGAGCGACAUUGAACUUUUUAUCACAAAUUGCCAUGAGUGUGAAUGAUCGCCACUCAAAGACAAUCCAAGACACUGUUGUGGAAAAUCCUCUCACUACCAUUGAUGGUAAACAAAACAAUCAUACUUCCAACUUUUUAAAUUCCAUCAAUGACGACGAUGACAACAACUUGUUUAUGAAUGAACAACCUUCAACAACCCUUCUGAUAAACGAAGAACCAGAAUUCAGAGCCUUUCCCAAACAAACUCGAAUACUAUUGGCAUUCAAUCAUCAAUCCUUUACUGAACCAAAAAUAUUAAUUCCAAAAUAUUGUUCAGGAUUACCAAGAAAUGAAUUUGUGAAAUUAUUGUAUGUAACACAAGAUUAUCCUGAGAGUUGGAACGUAUUGAAUGGUGCAAUAUUUGGAGAUUUAAAUGAAUUCAUUUACAAAUGA